GCGAGGUGGCCCCCUGGCCCCCGGCAUUAUAAAGAGCGCCACGAGUCGGCAUUGUCAGGCGGCGGCAGCGCGCGGGCCGGGGCUGGGCUUGGGGUCGGCGGCUCUGUUCGGCGGCGGCCGAGGAGGCGGGAGCGCGGUCGGAGCGGCUCCGUCGGCGGACGGAGGCGAGGCCCCAGCAGCGCGAGCCCGAGCGCGGCCGAGCCCGCGGAGCCUUCCCCGGCGGGUGGGGACGAGCGGGCCGCGCGGCGUCAUCGGCGGCGAGGAGCCGCCGCGCUUCGGCCUAGUAUGUCGGAAGCGGCUGAGGAGCAGCCCAUGGAGACGACGGGCGCCACCGAGAACGGACACGAGGCCGCCGCCGAGGGCGAGCCGCCGGCCGGGGCUGGCGGCGGGGCCGCGGCGGGGGCCGGAGGCGGGACCGCGGCGCCCCCGGGCGGGAAUCAGAACGGCGCCGAGGGUGACCAGAUCAACGCCAGCAAGAACGAGGAGGACGCAGGGAAAAUGUUUGUCGGUGGCCUGAGUUGGGAUACCAGCAAAAAAGAUUUAAAAGACUAUUUUACUAAAUUUGGGGAGGUCGUUGACUGUACGAUAAAAAUGGACCCCAACACUGGACGGUCAAGAGGGUUUGGGUUUAUCCUCUUCAGAGAUGCAGCCAGUGUGGAGAAGGUCCUAGACCAGAAGGAGCACAGGCUGGAUGGCCGUGUCAUUGAUCCUAAAAAGGCCAUGGCUAUGAAGAAGGAUCCAGUGAAGAAAAUCUUUGUGGGGGGUCUGAAUCCUGAAGCUACCGAGGAAAAGAUCAGGGAGUACUUUGGAGAGUUCGGGGAGAUCGAGGCCAUUGAGCUUCCAAUGGAUCCAAAGUUGAACAAGAGACGAGGUUUUGUGUUUAUCACCUUUAAAGAAGAAGAACCUGUGAAGAAGGUUCUGGAAAAAAAGUUCCAUACUAUCAGUGGAAGCAAGUGUGAAAUCAAGGUGGCUCAGCCCAAAGAGGUCUAUCAGCAGCAGCAGUAUGGCUCUGGGGGCCGUGGAAACCGCAACCGGGGGAACCGAGGCAGCGGCGGUGGUGGUGGCGGUGGAGGUCAGAGUCAGAGUUGGAAUCAGGGCUACGGCAACUACUGGAACCAGGGCUACGGCUAUCAGCAGGGCUACGGGCCCGGCUAUGGCGGCUACGACUACUCGCCCUAUGGCUAUUACGGCUACGGCCCCGGCUACGACUACAGUCAGGGUAGUACAAACUACGGCAAGAGCCAGCGACGCGGCGGCCAUCAGAAUAACUAUAAGCCAUACUGAGGCGGCGGCAGGAGCGCUCGACCAGCUGACCGCACAUGCUUUGUUUGGAUAUGGAGUGAACACAAUUAUGUACCAAAUUUAACUUGGCAAACUUUCUAUGGCCUGUCCCAUGUGCAUCUUAUUUAAAAUUUGCCCCCUGGAAAUCACUCUCCUGUUUACUAUUUCCAGAGCUCUAGUUGUUUUAGGCAGCGUGUGGUGUCUCAGAGGCCAGAGCGGCAUUACGGGCUGAUUUUACUACCAGGUUACCCAGAACCAGAUGGGAGGGUCUGCUCCCGCCGCCGCUCUGCAGCCUGGGCCUGUGGACCCUGGUCGUAAAAGAGUAAACUGUACCUUAGGAAACCAGUGUCACCUUUUUUUCACCUUUUAAUUUUAUAUUGUUUGUGUCAUACAUUUCCUGUAAUGGAAGUGUUAAUUUUACUGUACUUUUUGGUACCUUUUUGGGAAUCUAAUGUAUUGUAAGGUAUUUUACACGUGUCCUGAUUUUGCCACGACCUGGAUAUUGAAGCUAUCCAAGCUUUUGAAAUAAAAAUUUAAAAACCCCCAAGCCUGGGUGAGUGUGGGA